UGAACUGCUCUAUUCUGCAUUGAAGGUGCCACAUGAAUAAAAUUUAAUAGAAUUUACCGUUGAUACAUAGAGUCACGUAAAAUCAUUGUUACUCAGUCACUUAUCAGCACUCUUCAACUCCCUUUAAUGAUCUCAAAGGAAACUUACUGAACUUUAGUCCAUCAGAUUUGGGUAAACAAAGGUCAUCUCUAAAGCUGCCUUUUUUGGGCAGAAUCUGAAAAAAAGUGUAUACCCUUAGGUUUAAAAGUCUGUGCUGUGGUGAUGCUCAUGCCAUUUCACUGAUCAGCACGCAAAGAUCAAGGUAAGACGGAAAGAGGAUGCAUUUGUCUUUCUGUUUUUCUUUGCAGAUAGCUCCUAUUUUUGUAUCUUAAAAAAAGUGAGAUGUGUUAUAUAGGAUGUUUGUGUGCAGAUGAUGAAAGAGCAACAUGAUUUUCAGCCUUUUAUUGUUAUCAAAAGAUGCAAAAUAGCUGGAGAAUAGUUAAUUGUAGCCGAUUUCUACAUUUUGCACUGAUGCAAUCACAGAAUUUAAAUAAGAAUAACAAUAACAUACAGUAGGCCUUUCUGAAGUGUCAGUGCCCUCAAAGAACUGAAAGAUCACAGAGGAUAAAAGGGGGCUGGAGCACAAUUCAACACUACUGCGUGUUCAUCAGAGUCAAAGUGUUAGACAGCUGUAGGCCGCUAGAUAUUCAGAAUAUACUAGGUGUAAAAUUAUUAGAUAAUUAGUUGAAAGGGGUUUCAGACCUAUUGAAUGAUAAAUUGCUGGGUGGGAAUUGUCAAAGUCCAUAUCCAGUUGCCACAUCUCUAACUCAGGAAGUGUAAAAAGUACAUAAAAGUAAGAAUAAACAUCUAUCGGAUGCGGCAGCCCGGAAGAAACAAAACAUGCAAUGCAUUUAUGUCAGAGGGCUAACAUCAGUAAUCACCAGCUUGCCAUAUACAGCUACAGUUGUAAGAUUUUCUUCCCAUGAAGCUUCUGAUCUGCAAAGUUAUGUCACCCAGUCAAAACUUGCAACUGCUAACUCUUCAAGAUACCCAUAUUGACUGGGCUGAAUUCCACUUUGAGAUAACUACAUUGUUCUGACCAGUUCAAAUUUAAUUUAGGAUGUCAAAUAAUGAAAAAGCAGAUACCUCCAAUUGACUUAAAUAUAUGUUAAACUUAUAUUAUGAGUUGGCCAAAUUAAACUUUAAAAAUCUGAAACUUGAAUUAAAAGUCGUCAUGAUUCAAAUGGCAGAUAUCUGAGACAAAAUGUAUUUCAACCCUACAGACAAAAAUGUUAAAACUGAUGUCAUUUGUCCUACGAAAAAUUACAAUGUAGAUAUCCAAAGUGUUCUUUUUGACUAGGAAUAACUGAAUUACAUAUACUACAGCCCAAAUCCAGUUUAGCUAAUAAGCGUUUUAACCGCCUGCUAUAUGUUAUGUUUGACAACAGCAGAAUGUUUUGUGUACGUACUGCAGUCCUGUGGUCAGAUAUAUAAAUCUUCGAGGUUCUUUUUUUUUGGCCUGACACACACCAGAGCACAGGGGCAUGUCAGCAUAUAGACAGCAUGUCUGCUACUGCAAAUAUAUGGCAGGAUUUAACUUUGUACCAUCUUCAACCAAUUAUCCAGCAACAAAUGUUCACCUGAAUGCAUGCAUUUUCCUCUUGUCUUUGUCCAGGCUGCUUUCUUUCUGUGAGCUGAGAAGCACCUGAUUCAGCAGCAUUUUGUUUUUUUACACUUGAAUCUGGCGCUCAUCUAAACCAAAUUUUUCCCUCAUCUUGUUGCAGCACCAUCAUGGUACAGAGAGUAGCUGUGAUCGGGGCCGGCCCCUCUGGUCUGGCCAGCAUGAAGGCUUGUCUGGAAGAGGGCAUGGUUCCAACUUGCUUUGAGAGCAGUGAUGACAUGGGAGGGCUGUGGAAGUUCAAGGAAGUGUCGGAGCCCAACAGGGCCAGUAUCUACCGAUCCCUCACCAUCAACAUCUCCAAAGAGAUGAUGUGCUACAGUGACUUCCCCAUCCCCGCUGACUACCCCAACUACAUGCACCAUUCUAAAAUCCUGAAAUACUUCAGAAUGUAUGCAGAACACUUCAAACUACUGCAACACAUUCGCUUCCAGACCUCAGUGAAGAGAGUCAAACAGAGACCAGACUUUACUCGGACUGGUCAGUGGGAAAUAGUGACUGAGAACAGAGACGGACAAGAGGAGAAGCAUGUCUUCGAUGCAGUUAUCUGUUGCUCUGGUCACUACACCUACCCUAACCUGCCACUCAAAGAUUUCCCAGGAAUUGAGACAUUUGAGGGAAAAUACCUCCACAGCUGGGACUACAAGGGGCCUGAAGACAUGUACCGGAAGAGAGUCGUGGUCAUCGGCAUCGGUAACUCAGGAGGCGACAUCGCUGUAGAGACCAGCAGAGUUGCAGAGCAGGUAUAUAUGAGCACUCGUCGCGGUGCCUGGGUCGUCCGGCAGGUUUCUGACAACGGGCUGCCAGUGGACAUGAAGUACAACACGCGUUUUGUCCACAUCCUCUUCCAGCUGCUGCCCAUCAACUUCUUAAACUGGUUUGGCGAGAAGAAACUCAAUGCCAUGUAUGACCACACCAUGUAUGCCCUCAAACCCAAACACAGGCUCUUCAGUCAGAUCCCAGUGAUCAACGAUGACCUGCCGCUAAAGAUUCUGUCUGGAUCAGUCAUCAUCAAACCAAACGUGAAGGAAAUCCGUGGCUCCACUGUGGAGUUUGACGAUGGCAGCAUUGUGGAAAAGGUGGAUACCAUUGUAUUCGCCACAGGAUACAACUACGAUUUCCCCUACUUGCCAAGCAACACUAUGUACAAAUCUGGGCACCGUGUUGGCCUCUACAAGCAUGUGUUUCCCCCAAACCUGGAGCAUCCUACUCUGGCUGUUGUGGGCUUUAUUCAUGGCCUUGGAGCCAUUAUGCCUCAGGCUGAAAUGCAGGCCCGCUGGGUCACACGUGUCUUCAAACGAAUUAAAAAGCUGCCCUCAAACCAGGCCAUGAUCAAGGCAGUUGAAAAUGACACAAAGGACAUCGAGAAACACUACAUUGUGUCAAAGCUGACGCCGCUGCAGGUGGACUUUGUUUCCUACUUGGACGACAUUGCUGGAGAGAUUGGAGUGCGACCUAGUCUCCUGUGGCUCUUCUUCACAGACUACCCGCUGUUUAAGAGGGUUUUGUGGGGACCCGUCUCUGCCUACCAGUACCGGCUGAUGGGACCAGGGAAGUGGGAGGGAGCCCGCCAGGCGAUCUUCACCCAGUUUGAUCGGAUGUACCAGCCCCUAAAAACCAGACAGAUGGUGGAGCAAGAGUCUUCCUUAGCUGGACGCCUGGUGAAGCUGAGUCUGACUAUGAUGGCUGGAGGCGCUGCUGUCUGGUAUGUCCAUGCUCGCAACCCAACCACCAUCCCCACCCUGCUGUCCAGCCUCCGUCCACAAACAGUGUGAACACAAACAAACCAAAAAACACAUCUAUUGCUUCUGGAUCCCUUGAAAGAUCUAUUUCAGUAUACUUCUAUUUGGGUUGUAAAUUGUUGAAAUCUUUAAAGGGGUCACUGUCUGAGCCGCUGAUUGAUGCUGCGAUGUUCUUCUGUGUUCAUAGGCUGUUUAAAUGUCAGUCAGGAACUGUUCCUCCUAAAAAUAAUAUCAUAUGCAACUACUUUACAGCAUAUAGUUUUGAAGAAACUCAACAAAUCCUAGUUUAUUUUGUUUUAUAAUUACAUCAAAAAAGAUCAGCACCUACUUGAAACAUGAGAAGAAAAAAUGCCAGCCAUGCUGUUGUUGUUGUUGUCAACCAUGCCUUACAGUGUCGCAGUGGUUUUAGUUAGUUGUAUAUGAUCACAACUGGCAUGAAAUUAUACAAACCUUCUCUUUAAUGGCUUUCAAUUUCUUUGUUUUUGUCAGAUUUAUUGGAUUGUUAAAGGUCAAGCACAAGUAAGCUGAAAUUCUGAUUUAACUUUAUGUCACCAUGAAUGUGGAGUUUGUUUCCUGUGUAUAUCUUGUGAAUAAACUAAUAUAUUAUA